AUGUCAGAUUCUGGCUCUGAGAAUUCUUCAGAUGGUUAUGAAGGUCAUCGUGGACGAAAAACUCCACCUGGUGGUGAUGAUUUAUCACCUGGUUAUGAUCAUAAGUCAAGUCCGAAAUCACCAAUGAGUUCAGCUCCGUCUUCACCUCGUGCCAAAAGUCCAUGUUCUCCACCGGCAUCUCCUCUGUCGCCCCGAGAAAGGUCGCCGAAAUCUCCAAGUGAACCAGCGUCGCCUCAAUCAUCUCCUUCUCAUCAAUCACCUAGAUCUCCACAAUCACCGCGAUCUCCUCGUUCUCCAAAAUCUUCUCGCUCAAGACGCAGUUCCGUUAAAUCGGGUAGUUUAUCGCCAAAAUCUUAUCAUUCCGGUAAUUCCAUUGAUUCACCAAGAUCUGACCGUAGUUCACCACCUGCAUCACCUGUAAAAAAUUCAGAUUCUUAUAGAGGUACCGUCGGUCCAAGUUCUCCAAAAUCACCGAGAAAUGAUAGAGAUACUCCGAAAUCAUUUACGUCAGAUCCGCCUUCACCACGUUCACCGAAGUCUCCUAGGAAUACUGGCUCUAGAGAUAGUUCACCUAAAUCUUUAUUAUCAGGACGUAGUUCACCUAAAUCACCGGUUUCUGGACAGAGCUCACCGAAAUCUUCAAAGUCUGGUCGUGAUUCAAUGACAAACAAUCGUUCACAUCGAAAACGAUCUCCUCAUGAUAAAUCUAAUCACAAAAGUGAUUCUUACAAUGAUUUAGAUGGAGAACAAAUUUCAGAUGGUGAUAUUGAUGAUGAGCCGGAGCUUAAAUCAAGAGCACAACCAGUACCAAUGACACAUGGAGAAGAUUUGUCCGAUGUUUCAGAUCUUGAUAGCAUGGACGGCGUUGAAGAGCCAGAAGAAAGUCAUGAUAAAAGUAAUCGAGAAUCGAAUCAUUCACGUACGGAAGAGCAGAAAGAUGAUAAAGAUGAAAAAGUAUCGGUUAAUAUUGCUGAAGAGAGUGAGCAGCUUGAUUUCGAAGCCGAGGGACAGUGGAAAGAUGAUCGUGAAGAUGCUGAAUCUGAAGCACCGUCUAAAGAAUUUAAAGAUUCUAAAGAUAAAGAUCCUAAAGAUAAAGAUAAGGUAAUUGAAGCUGGUGAAAUAAAUGAUGAGAAUGGUAAAGAAGACACGGAAGAUGGUGAAAAAGUUGAAUCUGAACUUGAAGAAGGUGAAUUAAGCGAUGGAGAUGACGCGCGUCCGGAAGAAACAGAACCACGACCAGUAUGUCGUUUUUACAAUCGUGGACAAUGUACAUGGGGUGUAAGUUGUCGUUUUCUUCACCCUGGCGUUACUGAUAAAGGUAAUUACACAAUGUUUGACAUGGUAAGACCAAUGACUUAUCCACCACACCCGAGUGGGGCUCACGACUUCCGACCUCAUGUUGAACGACCAAAUAUUCGACCGAUGCCAGGUUAUCCAUCCGCUCAUCAUCCACCGAAGAGUGGUGAAGAAUUUCCACCCGAGUCAGCUUGGGAACGUGGUCUUCGUCAUGCUAAAGAAAUGAUGCGAAAAGCGAACAAACGUAAGGAAACAGAUAUGGACUUUGAAGAAAAGAAAAUGAAUCUCAGUCUCGGUCAAGAAGACGUAGAUCGUGAUGGAGGAGGAUACUAUGUAAGACCAAUGAGUCCAGCUGAACCACUUGUUGAAAGAUGGCCUCCACGAGAAGCUCCUCCCAGGAGAGUUCAACAUCCACGUAUGACUCCUGAAGUUUACGAUGAGCCAGAAGGUUAUUCAUAUCCACCCUCUGGUCCUCCUGAAUACUAUCGGAGAGUUCAAUAUAAAGUUGAUCAUCCACGUUCUUCGGGACCAGAGUACAGAGAACGCGUUGAACAUCAUCCUGUACCUCGCGGUGCUCCUCAUUCUAUGUCUCCGCCGCCGAUGCGUGAACGAGAAAGAGAACGUGAUAGAGAGCGUGAUUAUUAUGAAAAGUAUGAGAAAAAACACAAGAAACCAUCUAGGGAAGUUAUUGUGGAGAGAAUUCCAGUUGCUAAACCUUGGCGAGAGGAAGAGCCACCACCAGCAGAGCGUGGACGCGGUGAUGAAUGGGCCGAUCCAUGGAUGAGGCGUAAAUCGCCUAGUGCUGUUCGUCGUAAUCCAUCUUCUCGUCGACCCAGAAGACAAUCAUACUCAUCUGGAUCAUCAUAUUCAAGCACAAGCUCCAGUCGUAGUUCAAGCCGCAGUAGCUAUUCCUCUUAUGACUCUUUGUCCAGGUCCCGUUCCCCAUCUCCCUCAGUCCGAUCUAGAACCCAUACCAAAGGAAAAUAUCCUCCAUCUUCACCUCCUGCCGCAAAUCCCUUACCAACGUCACAAUCACGCGGUGCAAUGCUGAUGAAUCCACCUGCGCCAUCACCACGUGGUGGUCCUAAAGGUUCUAUUUCACCGACUGGUACUCUUCAUCGACGUGCUGGACUAAAUCCACCAGCACCCAGUCCUUUAACUACAACGCGACAUCAUGAAAAAAGCAGAGAUAAAGCUGCACUUGCUGCUGCCGCUGUUGCUAAAGUUAUCAAAAGUCGUUCACGAUCAAGGUCUUCACACAGUAGUUCCGGAUCAGAGAGCAGUGGAAGUAGCAGUGAUUCAAGUGAAUCAAGUUACUCAUCAACAUCAUCAAUUGAAGUUAGACGAAGAAAGGCUAUUUCACCUCAAAUUCGUAAAGAAUCAUUAAAAAAUAACGAAUCCAUCAAAAUACCUAAUUCAAAACCACAACCCGUUAAACUUACUCUUAAACCACAAAAUAAUUUACCACCGCCGAAAAAAAUUGAUCGUAGCGCAACAAUAGCUGGUAAAAAACGACCACUUGAGUCACCACCUGCAUUAGAUAAUAAAGCAAGUGCUGCUGCAGCAGCCGCCAAAGCUGCAAAAAAAGCUAGUUCACGUCGUGAAGAAUUACUCAAACAACUAAAGGCUGUUGAAGAUGCGAUUGCACGUAAACGAUCUAAAGUUUGA